AUGCCACCAAGCGAAACUAGAGCGACGCGCUCAAGCCCAAGGAAAGCCACGCGCUCUGUCGAGUACUCGAUGUUGUCGGAUGAAGAGAAUACUGUCUUGGUGCCAAAGCAAUCAAGACGCGAGCUGCGCUAUGCGACCGCAUCGUCACAAAAUGUAGAGGACUCAUGCCUUGUGCCGAAGAGUGCGGUGGUCUUGGACGCACUCACACCACGGAAACAGCGCAUUCUCCGGCCUGUAGAGAGCAACAGUCGACUUUUGCGGAAAUUGAGCGACGAGAGUCUUGCUAGUCCCGAGAAGAAGCAGCGUCAUAGGGUUCGGAGCGGCACUACGGACAUCGAUAUUGGGAAGAAGACGAGCUUGCUGUAUGCGAAGACUCUGGCUAAGAGCGUGAUCCGGAAGCAAGCAAGCAGAGCAAGAAUUGAAGUUGUGGAGGAACCAGGCUUUGCGCUACCUGUCAGAUCGAAUGAGAAAGAGAGGGUGGAGGAAGAGGUGCCUGAAGUAGAGACGGAAGAAGAAGCGGAGACGAGUCUGUUGUGUGGGGAAGAAGAGCAGGAAACUUCGCAGGAACAGGAAGAGGUUCCGAUAGUAGAGAUCAGCGAGGACGAAGACGAUGACCCUGUUGUGCAUGUUCGACAGAGAAGACAACAGCAACAAAGGCGACGGGUAGACUCUGAUUCUGAUGAGGAGAGUGAAGAUUCAUUACCGCAACCUGAGGUCCGCAAGCCGUUUGCGAAAGUGCACACAGAGCAUGAGGUAGCAGCAGAGGAAUCACAGCCGUUGACAUCUAUGCGACCGCCACAUCGAAAAGGUCACAGCACGAUCUCAAAUUGGGCUCAAGAAGUCAUCGACCUUACGGAUUCGCCUGAGCCACCAGCAUCAUUCCCGGCUCCUCCUCUUCCGCCACCAUCUCGCAUGCGCUCAGCAUCUUUCGCUUCCUCGCGGCCGCAGACAUCAUCAUCACAAGGUGGUUUGGCGGUGCUCACAUACUCGCCAACACCGACUAAGAAUCGUUCGCCUCGUAAAGCACCUCCGAUUUCGCGUCCAGCCACACCACCUCUCGCCCCCCCAAGUCCCUCCAAGCUUGUCUCGCCAUCUAAGAAGAAGCCCAUGAUUCCCAAAGCACCUGGCCUACGACCCAGUCUCGACGCAUUUUGGAAUCCUGAAGUCGUUAAUGAGUGGAAUGAGAAGCACUCUCCCAGUAAACCACUGGUUUCUCCUAGGAAGCAAAAAUGGCGCGACGACAUCGUCAAAAUGAUGGAAGGUAUUGCCUUGUCAGACGAUGGGAGCAGCAGCAACGAUGAUGAGUCUCCAAGCCCAACAGCAAGCCCGGCCAAGAAGACAACCAAGAAGACUUCAACUCGCAAUCCCGCGAAGAAACCCACUCUUGCCUCUACUUCCUCCGACCUUAACACCAAACAAAUCCGCGCCCAACGCAAGGCCUUUUCCGAGCAAAAACACGCCAUCGCAGAAUCCUUCUUAGCGGAGCUCGACUCGACGAUCUCCCAGGGCCAGAUAUCCACCCUCUCCCGAUCCACCGGCGGCAUCAAAUUAGUCUGGUCCCGCACGCUCAAAACCACCGCCGGCCGCGCAAAUUGGCGCCGCGAGCAAAUCCGCCUCCGCACCGGGCCCUCCGCCUCAGAUUUCACCACCGAGAUCCGGCACCACUGCAGCAUCGAGCUCGCCGAGAAAGUCAUCGACGACGAAGAGCGCUUGUACAACGUCCUCGCACACGAAUACUGCCAUCUCACCACCUUCAUGGUAAGCGGUGUGCGCAACAACCCGCACGGCGCGGAGUUCAAAUCGUGGGGCCGCAAAGUGUCGGAUGCGUUUGCGCACAAGGGCGUGGAGGUUACGACGAAACACAGCUAUGCGAUUGAAUUCAAGUAUGUCUGGGAGUGUGUGGAUUGUGGGUACGAGUUCAAGCGGCAUAGUAAGAGCGUGGAUACGGGCAAGCAUAGUUGUGGGCGGUGUAAGGGGAGGCUUGUGCAGACGAAGCCGACGCCUAGGCAGGCGGGGGUGGGCAAGGAGAAGGGCGAGUAUCAGGUUUUUAUGAAGGAGAAUUUUGCGCGGGUGAAGAGGGAGAUGGAAAGGAGGGGCGAGGAUGCGAAGAUGGGGAACGUAGUGGAAAGGGUGGCGAGGGAGUAUAGGGAGAUGAAGGCGAAGAAGGGUGAGAGGGGUGAGAAGGAGCUUGAGGAGGCGUUGGAGGGAUUGAAGAUUUAA